AGCACUUUCUGGCAGCAGAUUAGUGGUGUGAGGCUUGUAAUCUUCGGUGAAAACGAGGCUAUUGGCAACUGAGAAAGGCGGGACGUGAAUAUGGGGAAUAAAGAAUCGAGAAGUAACAGCGGCUACUACUAUGAUUCGCGCAGUUAUGACUCCCGAUCAUUUCGAAGCUCAUCCGAUCGCUCUUCAUUUUCUGAGAAUUACCAUGAUCAUGAAAGAAAAGGCGUGGUACAGUCAAAAUACUCCAAAAUCGGUGAUGAUUACAGCUCGCUGGAACAGGUCACAAAUGCUCUUGCUCAAGCUGGCCUCGAGUCUUCCAAUCUUAUUGUGGGUAUCGAUUUCACAAAAAGCAAUGAAUGGACAGGUGCGCGAUCAUUCAACCGCAAGAGCCUACAUCACCUUGGGGAUACCCCUAAUCCGUAUGAACAGGCAAUAUCUAUAAUUGGGAGGACGCUCUCAAGUUUCGAUGAAGACAAUCUCAUUCCUUGUUUCGGUUUUGGCGAUGCUACAACGCAUGAUCAGGAAGUCUUUAGCUUUUAUGCCGACAAUAGACCAUGCGAGGGCUUUGAGGAAGUUCUUUCCCGUUACAGAGAUCUAGUUCCGGAUGUACACUUGUCUGGACCGACAUCAUUUGCUCCGAUAAUUGACACUGCCAUUGAAAUAGUGGAUAGCAGUGGUGGACAGUAUCAUGUCCUUGUGAUCAUCGCCGAUGGACAGGUUACAAGAAGCGUUGACACGGGUCAUGGCCAUUUGAGCCCCCAAGAGCAGAACACAAUAGAUGCUAUCGUGAAAGCAAGCGAGUAUCCAUUGUCCAUCGUGUUGGUUGGAGUCGGGGAUGGACCGUGGGAUAUGAUGCACAAGUUUGAUGACAACAUUCCUUACCGAGCUUUUGACAACUUCCAGUUUGUAAAUUUUACCGACAUUAUGUUGAAGUACAUGCCCACAUCCAAGAAGGAGACAGAGUUCGCCCUUGCGGCAUUGAUGGAAAUACCAACACAAUACAAAGCUACACUCGAUCUCCAACUUCUUGGAUGUCGAAGAGGAACUCCAGGAAGGUUUCCUCUACCUCCACCAAAGCAGAUCCGUUCUGCAAAAUCUUACCCGAAGCGCAUGCCCUCAAGCACUAACGAACACAGGAGUGGUUUCUCUUACGCUUCUACUCCUACUGAAAGUCCUUCUCACAAGAAUUGUCCCGUGUGCUUGUGGAGUAAGAAGGAUCUUGCAUUUGGAUGCGGGCAUCAGACCUGCUAUGAGUGCGGAACGGACUUGACCUCGUGUCCGAUCUGUCGCACAUUCAUAACUACCAGGAUAAAGCUUUACGACUGAACAUCGGAACCAAGUAGAUGGAUAAAGCGGUAGAUGAGUUUCGUGAUUUACUGGUGGAUUCUUUUGGCUCCGGUACGGGUCUCUUCGAGUUUGUGAGCCUUUGCGGACAUGUAGUUGACAUAUGUUGUUUGCUGUAACCAGUUCUGUUUUCGGUUUCUUCGCUCUUUGUUUUGCUAUUUGCCGUUGAUGUAAAUUCUACCUCUGUUCUGCCUUGUUUACAUCAUACUCCAACAUUCUAC